UCCCUUUAAAAAAAAAUCUCUCUCCGUCAAGCCUGGCGUGGAGUUUUUUUUGUAUUAUUCUCUUCAAGGCACGAAUUUGCCAGUGACACCUCACGUGAACCUCCUUCAAUUUCGCGCACUAAUCCUAAAAGAAGGCAUGAAGUGUUAAAUGUUAGAAACACACAGAACCGCGUGCAGACAAGGAGAGAGAGGGCGAAAAACGAGAGAGCGACGCACGCGCUGCUCUAGUGCGUCUGUGCAAACACUGCGUUAAAGAGAGAGAGAAAAAGAUCCAAUUUCAAAAACCAAAAACGUGCGCAGCACAAUUAGGCUAGAAAACCCCUUGUUUUUCCAAAUUUUUUAGAAAAUAAAAUAAAUAAAGAAGUCAAGCUGGCUCAGUGCGUGUCACCGCAGCCCGCUUUGACAGGUGCUGCUCAACCCGUUUGGAGAACUGCUGUCAGCAGCAGCAAAAGGAUGGCAUCAGAACUGGCAAUGAGCAACUCCGACCUGCCCACCAGUCCCCUGGCCAUGGAAUAUGUUAAUGACUUCGAUCUGAUGAAGUUUGAAGUGAAAAAGGAGCCGGUGGAGCCGGAUCGCAGCAUCAGCCAGUGCAGCCGUCUGAUCACCGGGGGAUCCUUGUCUUCCACCCCGAUGAGCACGCCUUGCAGCUCGGUUCCCCCUUCCCCAAGCUUUUCGGCGCCCAGCCCGGGCUCCGGGAGCGAGCAGAAGGCUCACCUGGAGGAUUUUUACUGGAUGAGCGGCUACCAACAGCAGCUGAAUCCCGAAGCGCUGGGCUUCAGCCCCGAAGACGCGGUAGAGGCGCUGAUCAGCAGCAGCCACCAGCUCCAGUCCUUCGAUGGCUAUGCUAGAGGGCAGCAGUUUGCCGGGUCGGCCGGGGCAGGAGGCGGCAUGGCCGGGGAGGAGAUGGGCUCAGCAGCCGCUGUGGUAUCGGCUGUUAUCGCUGCAGCAGCAGCGCAGAACGGAGGUUCCCACCACCACCACCACCAUCACCACCACGCCGGGGGACACCACCCCUCCACCGGGGUCCCGUCCAACGCUAGCUCGGCGGGCAGCCACCAACACAUGGGACACCUGGACCUGGACGACCGGUUUUCGGACGACCAGCUGGUGACCAUGUCAGUACGGGAGCUGAACCGACACCUCCGCGGGGUCAGCAAGGAGGAGGUGAUCCGGCUGAAACAGAAAAGGAGGACCCUAAAGAACAGAGGCUAUGCCCAGUCAUGCCGCUACAAGCGGGUCCAGCAGAGACAUGUUCUGGAGGGUGAGAAGACGCAGCUGGUCCAGCAGGUGGACCACCUCAAGGCGGAGAUGUCGCGGCUGGCCAGGGAGAGGGACGCAUACAAGGACAAGUACGAGAAGCUCAUCACCAACGGCUUCAGAGAAAACGGAUCCAGCAGUGACAACACCCCCUCAUCCCCAGAGUUCUUCAUGACGUCGAGAAAGUUCCUCCAUCUGUGAUAGUGACCCCUGAACCCUGCCCCCUGACCAUUGACCUGGAGUCUGAGAAACCAUGACAGAGGAUUGGUGAUGUCUUACCAACGUCGCUCCAUGGCACCGGACUGCCACAAAGCACAACGUCCACACAACGUCUCCAAACCACCCAUAAACCAACCAACAGUCCCUGUACAGAAGUCCAGACAGACUUAGUCACACAACACUCUGUCUUUCAUGACGAGAUUAUUGACAGAAACAAAUGACAACAAAACUAAACACCCAAGAAAAAGACUUCAUGUUUGAUUCAACUACUAAAACUCCUGGAUUCCCUCUUCCUCUGGCAUCACCAGUAGCUACGGACGCAAUUCUGACUCAACAUGACAAAGAUACAGUAUCUCCUCAUUGUAAAUAGCAUUUUGUAGAGUAUUCCAUGUAAAAAUAUGUAGGUUGGAGGUCUUUAACUGUAGACAGAUACUGUAGAGGGGAGAAGCGAUGACAGCGAGUCCCAUUUAGCCCAUGAUGUGAAUGUAAAUAAUAUAUAGUAGGGCAUCGUAUGAAACAAAACUACUGCGUCUGUGUAUAGCCACGAAACCAUAACUCUCUGUAUAUAAGCAUUACAUUAUAUCUCCUUAUUUCUCCUACCCCCCUUCAAUCCCCCUAAACUAGCACAAUGAUACUCACCACUCCCUAUAUCUCUGUAGACAGACAUAGAAUAGAUAUAUACAGGAGGAGACUGGAGACACAGAGGGAAGAUACACAGUGUGUGAUGCAGGUGGCAACACACUGGAGUGAAAAACACAGGCCCACUUUGGCUGGAACUGGUGAACUCUCCCUGCCCUGCCAUAAAGACGGUCAGAGGGGAUGUGUUGCCACGCGGACCGUCUCUCUUCUCCUCUCCCUUUAGUGUUAAACUACCACAGUUCAACCUGUAGCUAUUAGAUAAGAUGUAUUUGUACAUGUAUUUUACUCCUUAGUGAAGUGACGGGUCCAGUUCAAAGGUUUGGCAGCUUUCUACAGUCCACUCAAUGUACAAACUUGAUUGGUUUUCAUCUCCACUCCCUCCCCCUCCAUUCCUGAUUGGCUAGUCCUCCUCGCCUAUCUAGUCCUGAUGAGGCUGUUGAUAAUCAGUGGGAAUGUCCAUCAGACGGCCUGUAUGCCCGAAGUCCUCUCUGAGACCAGGCGCUCGCUUAGCUCCCACAGGCUGGCUGCAGUGGCCUGGUCUUCGGCCUGGGGGGAGGGUAGGCAGCGGAAACAGUUGUUGAAGUACAUGCCUCCAAAACCCUCCAGCUCCGGAGCUACUGCACAGUACACUGUGGUGGCUGCCCCCUGUUGCUGUGAACACACAGACAGAGAGAAAGAGUGAGAGAGAGAUACACACACAGUCAACAUGGAGGACCCUGAGAGGACCAUCAGAGAGAUACACAGAGACCCUCCCGUCCGCCAAGAGACAAAGGAGAUCCUGCCACCCUAAAGAUGCUGCCAAGACCUCCACCAGAAUAACCCCCCCCCUCAUCUUUCCUGCAUGAUCCCAGAGCAUCUGUACAAGACAGAGGAGGAACUCCAUACAAAUGGAGAGAGACAGAUAGAGAUAUCGAGAGGAUAAACUCCAGAGACACCCCUCUCUGCCACAGCCCAUAAUGAUGGGACAGUGUUACCAUGGGGACCAUGGCCCUGUAUAUAUAUUUAUAUACAUAUAUUUAUUUAUAUAUUGUGUGUGAACAGGACUGCUAACUAUCCAGAGUGCAUGCUGAUGUAUAUGUGGAAAAUACAAUGCUAACUGUCCACAAAACAGCACAGAUCUCCGCAAAAAAUAAAAAAAUGUAGAACGUCACAAUCUCCAUGGGAUGGUGACGACUGUUCAUUCAGAUUUAAAGCAAAACACACCAAAAUAUGUUGGACUUGCAAUCUCUAUAGCUGCAAUAUUUUGAUGUUAUUUUGUGGAGGUUUGCGCACCGCAAGGGCUGUUUUCUGGACAGAAGAUGUGGCCCACGGUGUUCUAGACUGGGGAGGAGGGAGCAGCUCUUCUCAUUGGAGUGGAGAGCCAGAGGGUUCUAUAAAUAGACUCUAUAAGAUAACAUACAGUAUAGAUGUGAUGAUUACACAUCUGUUUAUGUUCACAUCAUCUCGGGAUUCAUGAGGGAAGUCAGACAUUUGGCUUUUAUUCCAGAGGUUUGCCAGGGUAAAGAGAGAUAUACACCCCGUAAUAUGUUGAGAAUAGUGCUCUUGUAAACACACACACACACACACACACACACACACACACACACACACACACACACACACACACACACACACACACACACACACACACACACACACACACACACACGCACACACUAUGCAUGCAUGCACACGCACACACUAUGCCUGCUCAGCCCCUUACCCGUCUCUCUUCUCUCUCUUAAAAAGAGCAGACAACCCUCCCUACCCUAUACUCUCUAAUUAAGUGGGAAAUUACUUCUGUAUUUCUCAGUUUAACACCUCAAAUCCAGUAUUCCGUAGUCUGUAGUCAUACUGUACUGAGACAUGCCUCCCUAAUUACCGUCACAGUCGGUAAUUAGGAGCGGAGAGGGGGAACGAGAAGGAGAGAGAGAGCGACAGGAAGAGAGAUUCCACAGCAUUUGAAACAGACGUCAGAGAGAAUUACAGCCAGAAGUCAGGCACUCAGAGGGAUCUUUCAUAUAGCCCUGCUGCUGGCUAAAAGCUGCUGUGACGUUGUGAGAAGAGAAGAGACUGUUCCGGAGCUGACUUCUAUAGACACAUUAAAUAGUUAUCCCUGGCUCACUGCUAUUUAUCUACAAAUGAGACUGGUGGAGAGCACUGAUGAGAGACUGCAGAGCACAGUUUAGUGCAGUGCACUGGCACAGCAGCAAAAGUCUGUACACGCACGCACACACACACACACACACACACACACACACACACACACACACACACACACACACACACACACACACACACACACACACACACACACACACACACACACACACACACACACACACACACACACACACACACACACACACACACACACACACACACACACACUAAUAUGCACCCACUUCAAAGGCCCAGCCUCAUUGAGACUCAUUUUAGCAUCCGCAGUCCAAGCUGGCAGAGCUUAACACAGGAAUAGACACACAUACUGAAAUAUGCCCAAACUGCUCCGGCGCGCACACACACUGACACUAAUUAAAAUCUAGAAAGACACACUCUCACACACACCUAUUCACAGAAUAAAGUGUAUGCACACUUACACACUCUCAUUGAGAAAUACAGACACACUAAACAAACUUCCUACUCAGUGUUGGUAGUAGCAGAUCGAGGCGGUUAGAAACAGCAGAUGAAACAACUGCAUCUCUCUGCUGUCUCUCUCCCUGCCAGCACACUGAUAACUCUACACACCUCACAGGACUGGCAUAUCAAAGGCUUACAAAUGUCACUCAGUGUCUAACAGACACGCAGACCCAGACCCAGACAUGCACACUUCAAAAGCAGGGUGGCACAUCAUUUAGCUAACUCUCAGUUAAGGUAUUUGCUUUAGAACCUACACACAAACUCAUUGGAAGAUGGAAUAUAUUUGCCUGCUCAGUUCACUCUGCUUCCAGGGUCCUCGUUUUCACACUGUUUUAGGUAAAGGGUGGUCAAGCAAUACAUUGGAAUGAUUUACACCUGAUCUGAAAAUACUACACUGCACAACUGUGGACUCUGUGUGCUCUGAGGGAAACUGUACACACAGCAGAGAGAAAGUGAGGGAAGAAGAAUUGAGGAGAGAGUGCGUGUGUAUACACAGGGGUUAUCUUCUUGGUGUUUAGCGCUGCCCUCUCACUACUUGACCUGGUGACCCCUGCAAUAGAUAAACCUGAUGAGAUUAGACAUUAACAAGCUGAACCACCCACCACCAGUGUCUGUCUGUCUGUCUGUCUGUCCGUUCGUCCGUCCGUCCGUCCGUCCGUCUGUCCGUCCGUCUGUCUGUAUCUAUCACAGGAAGAGAGAGAGAGCAGGGGAAUGGGCUUGGUCAAAGACAUGCACACACAAACCUCACACAAACCUCACAAACACACGCACGCACACACACGCUCUCUGAUUUAAACACUCUUAUACAUUCUCACAGACCCACCCACUCAUUCACUCCAGACAUGUACAGUAACCCAACAGAUGUGUUGUAUAAUCAUGUAAAUUAUAGAUAAUACCUUUACAUUUUAGGCGUUGACCAACCAAUAUCUCUUUCUGUUUUUCUACUCUUGUCAAUGUCAAUUCUGGUUCUGAAAUACAUAGUUUUACAGAGAAAUGGCUGUGUUUUCUUAGGGUUGUUAUGUUCCUGUUAGACUGAACUGACCACCACACACUGGUGAGUGGAGAGGAGAGGGUUAAUGGAGUAUACACCAACUGUCCCCUAGACAGUACACAAAUAACCAGAACUGAAAAGGGGGAAAAGGGAGAAGAUUAAAAUCACUUCUGCAAUAUGCUAGAAAUGUAGCAGGGUCCUAGCCAACCAGAGCAUCUCCAAUACAUUUACACACACAGAAACCCAACCUCUGCAUAGGGAGAAUCUAUAUGCUUUAAGAGAUGAAAAAAGAGGCACUAAAUCAGCAGCAGUAACCUGACCCUGUCUAGCCAAAACCCUCACUGCUCUGGAAACUGCUCACGGAUCACAUUUAUGUCUUCCAAUUUUCAAAAUAAUGAAAAUAUACGUUGUAAAGUAUUGUGCAACAUUUAACGGUUAAACAGCCACAAUUUGGGCCUCCCGAGUGGCGCAGCGGUCUAAGGCACUGCAUCACAAUGCUAGAGGCAUCAGUACAGAUCCGGGUUCGAUCCCGGGCUGUAUCACAGCCGGGAGACCCAUGAGGCGGCACACAAUUGGCCCAGCGUUGUCCGAGUUAGGGGAGGGUUAGGCCGGCUGGGAUGUCCUUGUCCCAUCGUGCUCUAGAGAUCGUGUCCCAUCGUGCUCCCAUCGUGCUCUGUGACGGCCGGGCACAUGCACACUGACUUUGUUCGCCAGCUGUAUGGUGUUUCCUCCGGCACAUUGGUGCGGCUGGCUUCCGGGUUAAGCGAGCAGUGUGUCAAGAAGUAGUGCGGUUUGGCGGGGUCGUGUUUCGGGGGACGCAUGGCUCUCAAGCUUUGCCUCUCCCGAGUCCGAACGGGAGUUGCAGCAACGGGACAAGACUGUAACUACCAAUUGGAUACCACAAAAUUGUGGAGAAAAGGGGGUUACAUAUUUUUUCCUAAAACAGCCACAGUUCAUUGUAUUGAAAAGCAAGGUGGGAGAGAACAGAGAUAGUGUUGUGUUGAAGUAGUGUUGAAGCAGUUUACUGUAUCUCAGUUAUUUUGCAUUGUCUUCAUAGUAUAACAUGUUACUGUGGUGAUCUUUAACCAUGUCCAAUCACUCUGCUUGUGUACUACAACAAUAAUAUAACAAGCAUUGUGCUAUUUGUUAGCAUAGGGGUAUUGUACCAGAGAAAAAAAACAGGUCGGAAAAAAGAUGUUUUCUUUCUGCCUCAUCAAGGUUGUGCUCUGUCAUUCUGUCUCUGAUAAUAUGCGUGACACUUUACCCAGAUGUCUGUAGUUAUGUAAUUGACCUCUAACCCCUGACCCCUGACCUGUAAAUACACCCAGUACUGUAGAGCAGUCUGUUUUUGUCCCACCCCGUCCUGUCCUGUCCUGUACAUAAGAACAUGUAAAUACCAAACAGCUAUGCAUGCUGACACUCUAGCACUUCUUUCAGGUACUUUUAUAAUCCCAAACUUCUCAUAUGGCAUGUGCUGAAAAUCAACUAUAAAAAAAGUAAUAAAAAAAAUGAAAAGAGAAUAAUAAAAAAGAACCAGACGAUAAUUUCCUGGACAACGUGUAAAGUCUUACAGUUUUCUGACUCCUGUGGGUGGUUCUCUUCUGUUCCUUUAACUGUCAUUCUUACUGUGGUCGAACCGUUCUGGUCGAACCGUUCUGGUCGAACCGUUCUGGUCAAGGUUCUGUUCAGUUGUGUUGAUGUGGGAAGGGUUGAAGCAAAGCAGAGAGGCAAUCCAAUCUGUACAGUGUUACCAAUUAAAGCCUGGUUAAGUGGCUGCGUCCACAACUAUCGCCGGAGAGCAUACUCCUUUCCUCUGGUGAAGAGAGCAGACAGGGGAAAGGGAUUGUGGUGUGGUCUUGUUCUUUUUUUAUAGAUCAAGAAUUGGAACUGUGUAUGCUACAGAACAAGCUGACAUGAUAAAAGGGUCACUGAAACUAGGACCAGUAUAUGAGAUUUGCCUCAGCCCUAGGACCCAGCCUGUCUGAGAUAACAGUCUAACUUGAAGAUCUAUCUAUGCCAUGAAGGAGAAGAUAGGACUGGGUGCUUUUGUUGAUCCUUGUGCAAUGUUUAUUUUCAACCCCAUGGCGUUCACAAUAGAUGGAAGUGUGUGAUUGUCAAUCUGUGCUAAAGAUAUUUUACAUUUAAUAAAUUAUCAUUGUAACAAAAA